UGUAACAAGAGGUCGUUGUCGGAGUGCGUGCGUGGUUUCUCAGCAACGUUCAAACCCAGCCUCUCGCGUGGCCGCUGAUUAGCCGUCCAAUUAGAGUUGGGCUGUGACGUCACUCCAGCGAGGGACGUGGCGCGGUGGCUCUCGCGGCUCUGUCUUCAGUCUCCUUCGGGAUUCGGUCGGAAACGCUGCCCGGCGAGCACAGCGGCUGCGGCGGCGCGCGCCGAAGGAAGCCGCCAUGCAGCCUCCGGUACGCGCACGCGCAUGACGACGGACGCGAUGGAGAUCAGUCUGCGGGCGAACUGGAAGCCGGUGCAGGUGCCGGUGCCGGUGCGACGCGUGUGCACGCUGACGGUGCUGCUGUGCGUGUGCCCGCCGUGCUGCCAGGCCAGCUGGAUGUGAGUAACCGCGUGCGCUCGCGUUCGUGUCAAACGAGCAUUUCUGACAAUCGAUGACAACGAACGAAUCGCCCAACUCGAAGCUUUGGGGCGACUGUCCAUUUUUGCCUCUCGGCGACCAUUUUGCAUCGAGAAAUAAUGCAAAUAAAGUAAUUUUGCUUCGACAGUGCAUAACGGCAGUUGAUAGUUCAGCUUUAAAAAGAGGUCGGUUCGAGAGCUCCAAACUGGAUUUCUAGGGAUUGGAUUAAUUUUGCUUCAAAACUAGAAAUGUUGGAUUCGUCCCGUGAGGGAAAUGAAACUGUGCCAAAGCAGCGGUUCCCAAAUAAACACGCAGGGAUAAAAUAGUUGAAAGAAAAGCAAAGAGGAAGAUUUGAAGAAAUCCAUGCGAAACAGAGAGAGAGAGAGAGAGAAAAGAAUUGGAUGUCGCAUGUUGAUAGAAGUCCAAAGUAGUCGAAUUGCGCGACUGCGCGAUGUGUCAUCACGAACGAUAAUCGGCCCAACGUGCAGGUGAGACAACAUUUGAAACGUUCCGAACUGGGCAGCCAAUGAUCAUCUCGAGCGCCAGUAUUUAGAAAAAGAAAGUUUUUUCGCUUCAAUAGUACUUUUGAAAAUUCACGGAUACAAAUAAUAGCGACGAUGAAAUUUCAACAUUUCAAGUGGAAUUUCCGCGACUUGAAAAAGCUUCUUUAUGGACGCGAAGAAGGCGUAAAGACUGAGAAGGAUAUUGAACCGAAUUGUUGCGCGACGGCUCCAAAGUCUUUUUCUCACCUUGGAAAUGCUGCAGCUCUUGUGGGCGGGCCGAAAAGCUUUCCCGGGGACGUCGAGAGGUUCGGGCGCGUCUACUUUCCGUCGUGGCCCCUUUCAGCACGCAAGGUCGCGUGCGCUCUGCCGUCAAAGUAAAAUGUCGCCCGCGACCGUCGUUGCGCGCCCGCCCGCCUGUUGUCGAUGGUGUCGUUGUGCGUCUGCCCGGAGGCUCCUGGGCGGCGGCGGCGGCGGCGGCGGCGGCGGCGGCUGCCGGUCGCUCCCACUGAGCGCCGAGCAGCGGGACGUUUGCCGCGAGCGAAGCUUCCUGGCGCCCAGCAUCCGGGACGCGGCCCGGAUGGCCGUCAGCGAGUGCCAGAACCAGUUCCGGCACGAGAGGUGGAACUGCUCCGCCGGCCGCCACCCGUCCGUCUUCGGGCACGAGCUGACCAGCGGAACCAAAGAAACGGCCUUCGUGUACGCGGUGAUGGCGGCCGGUCUGGUGCACGCCGUCACCCGCUUCUGCAGCCGCGGCAACGUCAGCGAGUGCGGCUGCGACGCCCGCCUCCGGGGGGCGGCGGGGCCGGGGGAGUCCUGGCACUGGGGGGGCUGCUCGGACCACGUCCAGUACGGGACCCGGUUCAGCCGCCGCUUCCUCACGCGCGGCGCCGUCAACGUCUCGGACGGAACGCGCGCGCAGGCCCUCGUCCGGAUGAACGCGCACAACAGCGAGGCCGGCAGGCAGGCGGUGGCGACGACGAUGUCCACGGACUGCCGCUGCCACGGCGUUUCGGGCUCGUGCGCCGUCAAGACGUGCUGGCGCACCGUGGCGCCGUUCGGGCGCGUGGGCGCCUACCUGAAGGAGCGCUACGAGCGCAGCGUGCGCCUCAAGAGGAAGCGGUCCGGAGCGCGCCACGGAGGGCGCCCCCCGCUGGACAAGCACCAGCUGGUCUUUGUCGACAAGUCGCCCAACUACUGCGUGGAGGACCGCCGCGGCGGCGUGCUGGGCACCAGGGGGCGCCGCUGCAACCGCACCUCCGGGGGGCCCGACGGCUGCGAGCUGCUGUGCUGCGGGCGCGGCUACAACACGCGCGUGGAGCGCCACGUGCACAGGUGCGCCUGCAAGUUCGUGUGGUGCUGCUACGUCCGCUGCGGCCGCUGCGAGAGCAUGAGCGACGCGCACGCCUGCAAGUGAAAG